AUGGCCGAGUUAGCGGGUUUACCCGUUCCAAAGAUGGAUUGGCAUUCAUCGGACGCGCCUCAAGCCUUUAAGAAGUUUAAAGCACUUUGUGAGUUGUAUUUCGCCGGUCCACGUAAGGGUAAAAGCGAAGCAGAGCAAAUCAGCUAUUUGUUGAUUUGGUCGGGCGAAGAAGGCAUUGAACUCGUCUCAACGUGGUCUCUUUCUGAAGACGAAAAGAAGAAAAUAGACACAUACUGGACAAGAUUUGAGAGCUAUGUAUCUCUGAAGAGCAAUUUUCGAUUGGCAAGAUAUAAGCUAUUAAGAGUUAUGAUGCAAGAAAAAGAUGGAACUGUUGAUGCGUUUCUUAAAAGAAUACGAAUCGUGGUUAGUGAGUGCAAAUUUGCCAACACUGAUGAACAGAUUUUUGAUGCCCUCGUGUUUGGAUCUAACGGUCAGCGUGUUCAAUCAAAGCUACUUGAAUAUGAUGAGACACUUGCUCUCAAUAAGGCUAUCGAUAUCGCGAGAACCGAGGAGGCAACGUCUUCACAACUUCAAGAUAUCAGAGGAGAAAAGUCAGUAAACGCGUUACAGCAGAAUAAUAAUAACAAGCGAUUUAUACAGAAUAAGCGUAGGCAGUGGAAAGAUGUCUGUGGCAACUGUGGAGGCAAGCAUGACCUAUCGCGAAAGUCAUCGUGUCCAGCUCAAGGAACUAAAUGUCGAGAGUGCGGCAUGUUAAAUCAUUGGCGGGAAAUGUGUCGUUCCAGUAAGCCAUCGGACUCAAAAGACAAACAAGAACGUAAAAAUCAGGACGAUCUGACCGAUCUGUUAAUGCUAUCAAGGAAGAAGAGUUACGGCCCUGCUUUUGGUGGUCAGGCAAUAGAGCACUUUGGAACAUGCAAGCUCGCUUUGUCACACAACGAUCGUUCCGGUUUGUAUUCAUUCCAUGUUGUGAACACUACUGGUCCUACGAUACUUGGGUUAUCAACCUGCACUGAUAUGAAGCUAGUGACCCUGAACUACAGCCUACAAUGUGCAUCUACUGGCAAUGCAAGCCACGGUGGCAAUUCGGAGGCCAAAGCAAAUCUACUAACGCAGUAUGCGGAUUGUUUUGAAGGGAUCGGUUGUUUUCAAGGAGAAUAUCACAUCACCCUAGGUCCAGCAGUUUGUCUAGUUAUCUAUCCUCCAAGACGGGUGCCAGAAGCGUUACGAGAGCCCUUAAAGAAAGAGCUUGAAUCACUCGUAAGUCAAGGAAUCAUAGCCAGAGUCGAUGAACCAACUGAUUGGGUGAAUUCUUUGGUGUGCGUGACGAAAAGUAAUGAUUCCCUGCGAUUGUGCCUGGACCCCAAGGAUCUCAACUGUGCGACCAAGCGACCACAUCAUUGUACGCCUACACUUGAUGAAAUAUUACUAAAGUUGAAUGGUGCAAAGUACUUCUCCAUAGUUGACGCUCGUAGCGGAUAUUGGAACAUUCAACUUGAUCAUGAAAGUUCGGUAUACACUACGUUUUAUACACCCCAUGGGAGAUAUCGGUUUCUGAGAUUACCAUUUGGAUUGAUCUGCGCCCAGGACAUUUUCCAGAAGAAAGUUGAUGAAGCGUUUGGUGAUCUACCUGGAGUUGCUGGUAUAGCGGAUGACAUUAUCGUAUUUGGUUUUAAGGAAGAUCGUAGUGAUCAUGAUUCCAAUCUAAAAGCUGUUAUGAAGCAAGCUCGGGAAACUGGUGUCAAGUUUAAUCCAGAGAAGUGUAAGAUAGGAUGCACUGAACUGCCUUUUUUUGGGCAUAUCAUCUGCGCUGAUGGUCUAAAGAUGGACCCUAGAAAGACACAAGCAUUUGUCAAUAUGGAUCCUUCAAAAAGCUUAGCAGACCUCCAGACCUUUCUUGGCAUGAUCCAGUAUCUUAGUCGUUUCAUUCCAAACCUGGCCUCAGUUUCAGCUAAUCUUUAA